GGUCAGGGCACCUAUCUACAGAACGGGGAAUAAUAGCGCCUUUCCCUCAAGACAGCAGGAAAAUGGUAUUUCCCGGAAGUGACUUCACGGCCGCCAAGAGCGACUUCUGAGCCUACCGGAAGUGACGGCGGAGGCCGGUGGGGCCUUCGACUGUGGAGGGCACCGCCGCGACGAUGGGCCGCGAAUUUGGGAACCUGACGCGGAUGCGGCAUGUGAUCACCUACAGCUUGUCGCCCUUCGAACAGCGCGCCUUCCCUCACUACUUCAGCAAGGGCAUCCCCAACGUGGUGCGCCGCACUCGGGCGUCCAUCCUGCGGGCCGCGCCCCCAUUUGUAGUGUUUUAUCUUGUCUACACAUGGGGGAACCAAGAGUUUGAGAAAUCCAAGAGGAAGAAUCCAGCUGACUAUGAAAAUGACAAGUGAGCAGUUCACCUGGCUGAUGGUUCCCUGUCCCUGAAAGAUCUUUCUCUGGGAGAGGAAUCUGCAUUGUAGUGUCCUGAAGACACAAUAAACUUCUUAUGGACUGCGUUGUUGUGGUGUUGCAUUUUUGUGAGCAGAAUGCUUGGUCUGAUUGCCAAUAUUCAAAUUCAUGAAGCUCCACUCUCUAGCAUGAGAUCUGACGAUUUUGGCUAGUUUUGGGGGGUUGGUGAAGAAGCGGGGCU